GGGGGGCGGGGUGUUCUCAGCCCUCUGAGCUUAGUCACCUGGGCCUCGCUAGGCCCCUGGAAGGGGCAGGGCAAGGCUAGGGCUGCCUGGGCUUCCCCCUCCUCCCCCUCCUCCUUGCCAAAUAUCUUCCCUUCCUCCUCCCUCUCCUCUUCUUCCUCCUGGAGACUGUACAGUCCCUCUGUCCCUGGUUCUGUGACGGCCUCGUCCCUGGAUGUGCUUGGGGCCCUGGGUCCCCCCCCAUCAGGGUCCCCAGGGUUGCAGCAGCAGCAGCAGCAGCUGGGACAUAGCUGACUGGCAGGCCCAGGGCAGGUGAGCCGGAGCCAGGGCCUGAGCUGGGCAGAGGGAGGACAGUGUUCAAUCCCUGGUUCCCCCACUAACCAGUCCCUAGACGUGGAACUUCUACAAGGUGCUCACACAGCACCGCACCACCUGCGUGAACUCACACAAGUGCUCAGACACCCCUGAGCCUAGUUCCUGCAUGUGAGGAAUGGGAGUGACAUCGCAAAUGGCUCUCAGAGAACUGGCACUUGAUGGAUUCUCAAUUCUGUUAGCAAAGAGUGACACCCUUCCUUCUGCGGGGUCCCUGGACUCGCAGAAACCCUCAGGACCCAGCUGUGGGCCCACGGCACCCUUAGGCAAGAAGGGGAAGGUGGCCCUGGCGUGGCCUCCGCUGUCCCGGUCAUGGAAGAAGGACCGCGAGCAGGCUCUGGCCGCAGCUUACAUGCCGGUGGUGGUGGACCUCAGCGGCCAGAACCAGGACAAGCUCACCUUCAAUUUCUACACCUCCCAGUACCCCAACUCCCUGAGCCCCUUCCGCACCAUGCAGAAGCCUACGUGUGGCUACCUGUACCGCCGGGACACGGACCAUACCCGCAAGCGCUUAGACAUGCCUCCUGUUAACGCGAUCCUGUGGCGCUCCUAGCCCCGUGGCAGCCAGAGGCCCUCGCCUGCCCCUCGCCCAGGAUCCCCGGUCCUGGAGGGGAGGGCUGCGCACCCCAGCGGCGGUGGUCCGUGCCCGGGCUGGGACAGCUGUGCCAUGCCCCCUGUCAGCACUGGUAAAGGGGGGGGGUCUCUUCUUGGCAGCAAUUAAAGUUUGUUC